AUGCGUCGUCAUCAGCAUUUCGACAACCAUCACAUCCAGAAACCUCUCGAUCAACUAUCAAAUACUCCUCACGGCUCUUCCAUCAGCCACAUCAAUCGCGCAGGAUACCACCACCACCACCCCAACAACUCCAUCCAUCAUCAAGUAUGGUCGGGCGUCCGGCGCUUUGCAUCUGGCUUCUUCGACUCCCUCAGGGUUAGGCGGAUAGUCAACGAAUUGCAUGCAAAACGUACGCUCAAGAUCUUAAUAGUCCAAAAUUCGAUCCUUCAGCUCGUUUCGAUCGCUAGUUUGGUCGGACUGGAAUCUUACUCGGAUAGCCACCGUUCUUCCUCUUGGUCUACUCUGGAUGUUUUGUUCAGUACAUUCUGGUUAUUUCCGAUCGGAGUAAUUUCGAUCGCAUUGAACAGCUCGAUAACUGAAAACUGUCUUCAUCUGAAUGGAUCCCUGCAAGCGCCGAUUUCGCUUGGAAAAUUUUCAAUCUCCUCCUCGGUCGAAAUCAUCAGAUAUUUGAACGCCAAACUUCGAUCGGAUUAUCAUCGGAUCUUGAUCUUACUCAAUUAUUUCUUGUUCGCCGAAGGCUUACUGCUCAUCCCCUUCGUCGGCUUUCUGCUCAGCUUCGCAUUUUGCUCGGUCGGCAACUCUUUCUAUUGUUUUGAUCCGUACUGGCUUAAAGAUGGCUUAAAUUUGGAAGAAAGAUUAGACUUAUUAGAAAAACAGUGGGAUUAUCAUUUAGGAUUUGGACUGAUCAUGACGAUUCUCACCUCGAUUUGGCCACACCAUAACAUGCUUAAUCUCUCGAUAUUCACCCUCCUAUUUCCAUUCUUACUAAUCCUAUCGACCGGCAAAAAAACCUACCACAGACUGUCAUCAGAGAAGAAAGAAGACGAACAAGAGAGCAAGUCAAGCGUUCACCCAUCAUAUCAUUCUUCCAAUCCAAUCCAACUGCCAAUAUUUUGUAUCUGCCGAAAGCUUCAUUUGCUUUUCUUUAAUCAUCUGGUAGCCAGUCAUCCUCACAACCUUCACCUUAAUCACUCUACUGUUUACGGACAUGUGCAUAUUGAAGAUGGGGGAGAUCAUCUAUGA